AUCCAGUCAAUUGCGUGUUUUCCCAACUGAGAUCAAUGGAUCUUGAGAGAGUUGUGCUUAGGUCGUGAUGAAACCAAGAUGGCGUGUAGUUCAGACAGGAUGAACGGUGGAUAGCUGACGAGGGAAGAAAACACUGGGAACGACGCGUAUUUUGUGCGCGGAACGGUUAUUACAAGGAAAGCGUCAGCUUACACGGGACGUUCAGGAGUUAACGUUAGUUGAAAAGAAGACAUCCGCGAUCAUCAUCCCUCUAACCGACCGAGAGUGUGUGAAUGUGUGUGUUGAGUGUGUGUGCUGGGAUGGGCUGAUCGAGGAGGCCGCAGAGCCACUGCCACCCAGAGACUGACCCUCCACCGAACAACAGACCCCGUGAUCAUCAAACAAGAGCCCGAAAGACAAAUAAUAAAGCACAUUGGCUCACUAAUCAUUCCGAGGCGACACCGAAGAGUAAGAAGAACUCAGACCAAGUGCAAAAAAUAGCGAUGGAUGGAGGGGAGGAGUUUGUUCCGCCGCCGGAAUGUCCAGUGUUUGAACCGUCAUUGGAGGAGUUUGCCGAUCCUCUGGGAUAUAUUGCCAAAAUCCGUCCAAUAGCAGAAAAGUCUGGAAUAUGCAAGAUUCGCCCACCACCUGACUGGCAGCCACCUUUUGCUGUGGAGGUGGACAAUUUCCGGUUCACACCACGUAUUCAGAGGCUCAAUGAGCUUGAGGCCGAGACACGAGUGAAGCUAAAUUAUCUGGACAGAAUUGCCAAGUUCUGGGAGAUCCAGGCAUCCUCUCUGAAGAUCCCCAACAUAGAGCGACGUAGUCUGGAUCUGUUCAGCUUGGCCAAGAUUGUGACAGACGAAGGAGGUUUCGAGGCGGUGUGUAAGGAAAGACACUGGGCACGCGUGGCACAGAAACUCGGUUAUCCUCCUGGCAAAAACAUUGGCUCUCUCCUGAGGUCACACUAUGAGAGGAUUGUCUAUCCGUUUGAGUUGUUCCAGUCUGGAGCCAGUUUACCGCCAUGCAAACCCAGGCUGUAUGACAGUGAUGAGAUAGACCGGGAAUACAAACCCCACUCCAUUCCUCUCCGCCAAUCAGUCCCGCCAUCCAAGAUGAGCAGUUAUGGACGACGAGCCAAUCGCCUUAAGCCCGAGCCGGAGCCUACAGAGGAAGACAUAGAGAAGAACCCUGAGCUGAAAAAGCUACAGAUCUAUGGGGCUGGACCAAAAAUGAUGGGGCUCGGUCUUGUACCUCGAGACAAGACACGGAAGAAAGAUGAACUGCCACAGACGGUAAUAGUGCGGGACAGCGCUGCCAGUGCUUCUGUGAAGGAUGAACCUGGAGAGACACCGGUCACAAAAUCAGAUCCAGACAUUCCCCCACCACCCCCAAAUCUCAUUGUCAAGGAGGAUGUUGAUGAUGAUGACAAAAAUCACAUUGAUGAUCCUAAUGACUCCGGUGAUGAACCCUGCACCAAGAUGACCAUGAGACUCCGACGCAACCUCAGUAACCCACAGUUUGUGGACUCGUUUGUAUGUCGGAUGUGUGGACGCGGGGACGAGGAUGAGAAGUUGCUGCUCUGUGAUGGGUGCGAAGAUAAUUAUCACACAUUCUGCCUGAUACCUCCACUCUCAGAUCCACCCAAGGGCAACUGGCGCUGUCCCAAAUGUAUAGCAGAGGAGUGUAAAAAGCCAACAGAGGUGUUUGGUUUCGAGCAGGCCACGCGGGAAUAUACAUUACAGAGCUUUGGUGAGAUGGCCGACACUUUUAAAGCCGACUACUUCAACAUGCCUGUCCAUAUGGUUCCCACAGAGCUGGUCGAGAGAGAGUUUUGGAGGUUGGUUAGUAGUAUUGAAGAAGACGUAACCGUAGAAUAUGGUGCAGACAUUCACUCGAAAGAAUUUGGUAGUGGUUUUCCCGUCAACAAUGGCAAGAGACACUUGUCAGAUGAGGAAGAGGAAUAUGCCCGCAGCGGCUGGAAUUUAAACGUUAUGCCAGUGUUGGAGCAGUCGGUAUUGUGCCACAUUAAUGCCGAUAUCUCUGGCAUGAAGGUGCCAUGGCUGUAUGUGGGCAUGGUGUUCUCUGCUUUCUGUUGGCACAUAGAGGACCACUGGAGCUACUCCAUCAACUAUUUACACUGGGGUGAGCCCAAAACAUGGUAUGGUGUGCCAUCAUCUUCUGCAGAGAAGUUAGAGGAGGUGAUGAAGAAACUCACACCUGAGCUCUUCGAGUUCCAGCCAGACCUGCUCCACCAGCUUGUCACCAUCAUGAACCCAAAUAUACUCAUGUCUCAUGGAGUGCCGGUGGUUCGGACCAAUCAGUGUGCUGGGGAGUUUGUCAUCACUUUUCCACGAGCUUAUCACAGCGGUUUCAAUCAGGGAUACAACUUUGCCGAAGCAGUCAACUUCUGCACUGCAGACUGGCUGCCCACAGGGCGCUCUUGUAUUGAGCAUUACCGGUGGCUGAGGCGCUACUGUGUGUUCUCUCACGAGGAACUCACCUGCAAGAUGGCGGCCUGCCCAGAGAAGCUGGAUCUGAACCUGGCAGCCGCCACACACAGGGAGAUGUUCAUCAUCGUACAGGAGGAGAGGAAACUACGCAAAAGCCUUCUGGAAAGGGGAAUAAAGGAAGCUGAAAGGGAAGCCUUUGAGUUACUGCCUGAUGAUGAAAGGCAAUGUGACAAAUGUAAGACCACCUGCUUCCUCUCGGCCCUGGCGUGUUCGAACUGCCAAGAGCGUCUUGUCUGCCUCUACCAUUCCCAGGACCUCUGCUCUUGCCCCAGUGAAAAACUCUACCUCAGGUAUCGCUAUACUCUGGAUGAACUCUUGGCCAUGUUGCAUCGGCUGAAAGUUCGCGCUGAGUCUUUUGACUCGUGGGCCAACCGAGUGAAGGAAGCCCUAGAGCAGGAAGAAGGCAACAAAAUAGACAUUAAAGAUCUGGAGGUUCUGAAAGGAGAGGCAGCUGACAAGAAGUUCCCCAAUAAUGAGCUGCUUCAGCGACUCAACACUGUCCUCGCGGACAUACACAAGUGUGAAAGCAGUAGCACAGAGCUCCUCAGCAACAGCGAGAGCAGGAGAAUGAGUCUGGAGGAGCUGAGGACUCUGGUGGACACCAUGCAAAACCUGCCCUGUGUUAUGAAACAGCUGGAGGAAGUGCAGGCGGUAUUGCAGAAGAUAGAGGUGUUUGAUGCACGCGCUCAAGCUCUGGUUGACAGCACAAAGGGCGAGUGGAAGCAGGACUCUCCUAUACCCGCAGCAGCAGAGAUCCAGGCCCUGCUGGAGGAGGGAGCGUCGCUGCCUGUUGUUGCCCCGGCAUGUGAGCUCCUGAGCGGGCUGCAAGAGCAGGGUCGUUGGCUGGGAGAGGUCAGGCGGACGUUGGGGCCGGAGGGGAGCGAGGUGACUCUGGACGUGCUGAGGAACUUGAUGGAGUCAGGUUGUAACGUACCACAGAGCGUAUCGGUGGAGACUGCCAUGGCUGAGCUGCAAGAGCUACUGACUAUAGCUGAGCGUUGGGAGGAGAAGGCACAGAUCUGUCUGGAGGACAGGCAGAAACACCAUCUGUCGACGCUGGAGGCUAUCGUGAACGAGGCUCAGCUAAUACCAGUGCAGCUGCCUAACAUCCUGUCCCUGCAGGCCUGCUUGAGCAGAGCUCGCGCUUGGGUUACUGAUCUGGAGGAAAUUCAGAACGGUGAACACUACCCAUGUCUUGAUGACCUGGAGGGUUUGGUGGCCAUUGGGCGGGACCUGCCUGUGAACAUGGAGGAGCUGAAACAGCUGGAACUGCAGGUGGCCAGCGCUCACUCAUGGAGAGAGAAGGCCAGCAAAACCUUCCUGAAGAAGAACAGCCAGCACAGUCUGCUGGAGGUGUUGUGCCCAUGUGUUGAGAAGAGCAAGAAGAGGGAGGAGAACUCACUGGGUACAGAAGAAGAUUCUGAUGUCAAUGUAUUAGGCCUCACUGCUCAGGACCUCCGAGACCCAGGAGCUAUUGUGAUGGCAUUCAAAGAAGGGGAGCGUCAGGAGAAAGAGGCCCUCCUCCGCCUCCAGCAGGUGAAUCUAACUAAACCCGGUGUGGAAAAAGGAGCAAGCGGUGAUCAGAAUGGCAUCAAGACAGAAAGGACACAGAGUGACUCUAUGGAGACAGACAACUCGGACAGCACCUUGCUGCAGAAUGGUGGCUCCGCCUCUUCUCUCACCUCUAGCCAAUCAGUGUGUGUGUGCAAUGGCCCGCCCCGCCCCUUGCUUCACCUGUGCCAUCUGUGCAAAGACUGGUUCCAUGGAGGUUGUGUGCCCUUCCCAGCACUGCUGGGCUCCUUGGAAACAAAUCUUACAAAGCCCCUCUGCUGGUGGGACUGGAACACACGUUUCCUCUGUCCACGGUGCCAACGGUCCCGGCGGCCACGGCUGGAAACCAUUCUAGCGCUGCUGGUGGCGCUACAGAAGUUACCUGUUCGCCUGCCAGAGGGAGAGGCGUUACAGUGUCUUACAGAGAGAGCCAUUAACUGGCAGGGUCGAGCCAAACAGGCACUAGACACUCCAGAAGUACAGAGAGCGCUAGAGAGACUCCAACAAGUGGAGGAGGAAAUGAGCAGUAUAAAAGAGGAAGAGCCAGAGGAGAAAAACAAAUGGAAUGGGAAUACUGUAAUUGUGUUGUCUGACUCGGAGGAAACAGAAGAUGGUGUUAUUGAUCUGACAGAGGACAUGAACUCGCCAAAAAAGAGUGAAGAGAAGGCUGCUAAUGGUUCACAGUCUGGCUGUCAGAAUGGAGUUGCUAAGAAGUCAGGCAUUCAUGACAUUACAGGGGUGGAGUCUCUGUUGUCACUAGUGCCGUGUCUUAAAGGGCCGGUGAUCGAGCUGACCACAUCCACCAGAGCACAGCUGGAGGAGCUUCAGCUAGAAGGAGACCUGCUGGAGGUCAUGCUUGACCAGACACACGGCAUUUACCGGAUCCUACAGGCGGCAUCACAGCCGCCCCAUGAUGCCCUGCGCACACUCAUACAGAUUGAGCUGCAGGAGCAGAGAAGCUCAGGUCGUGGCAGCAAGUCAAAGGACUCCAGGAGGAAGAGAAAGAGCCAGAAAACCGAAAGCGAGGCUAAAUCCACAGAGGCUACUGAAUGCAAGAAGACUAAAUCUACAGAUCCACACACAGAUCUUUUGAUGAUUUCCUGAAGCUGUGGAGGUGCAGAUGAUGUGAAUGACAGGAGAAACACAGAGACAGAAAAAUGCAGGCCUCAGGCUCGUUUCCCCACAUAAUAAGCUCACAUUAACAUUUUUUUUUUCAACCCAUCAAGUGGACUUUUUUCCUGUUAUUCUUCCCACUUGCCUCUGUUCUCACCCCGCAUCCUGAACAGUGCACUGGUGCAGGCUGCAGAUCUCUGUUUUCUUAGAAGAGGGAUAAAAUGGGAUUUGUCCUGUGGUUAAGCUGUCUGUCUUUACAAUAUAGAUGUACUAAACUGUUCUUAACACAAAUGUCGUGUGCUGCAUAAUACGACAUGUCCAGGUAUUCACACACAGACACACUCGAUGACAGGCAGAAGGGGCGUUUAGCGGCGUUGCUACAAUGACACUCGUAUUCUUUUUGUACCGAGUCUCACAUUUUGUCAGGGAGAUUCAACAUUGUGAAUAAACUAGUAUAAUAUUUUGAAAGUGUGAUGGAAAAUCAAAGGCAUUUACGUUCUGGUGCUACUUUCCUAAGAUAGGUUACUGCAUAGUCCUUUCUCUCUUUUCCACUUCCUCUGAGUUUUGCUGUCUUCAUUGUCAUUUCCUUUCAGUGAUUCUGUUGUCUCUUUUUAGCUACCUGCUCUCUACCCUUCUUCCUCUCCACAGAACUGUACAAAAUCUCACUUUAACUCUCUUUAUCUCCAUCUUUUGUCGCUGGGGUUCUAAUAAUUCUAUUAUUAUUAUUAUAUUAUUAUUGGUAUUGCUAUUGCAGACACGCUUUGUCGUGAGUUUGUGUAUAAACAUUUUCAUUUCAAUGUUGCCUUUGUUUCUUUUCACUCUUGUUAGAAAAUAAAAGUUUAGACUUGUUUUAGGAAUCUGUUUCAUUACUUU